AUGGCGGAUGACAAGUCACAAAUCAAGAUUAACUUCUUCACUAAUGAAGAAGAUGAAUCUUUACACACAUCAGACGCUCCAUUGUACGUGCCAGUGUCAUUGAAAAGAUAUGGGUUAUCGGAGAUCGUCAACCAUUUAUUGAAGAAAGAUGGAGAAACUGACGAAACCAAGCCCGUACCAUUUGAUUUCCUCAUUGACGGUGUUUUGUUGAGAACAUCUUUAGAAGACUACUUGGUAAAAAAUGGGUUAUCGAGCGAAGCAUCCUUGAAUUUGGAAUAUACCAGAGCCGUAUUACCACCGUCAUUUUUAGCAUCUUUCAACAACGAUGAUUGGAUUUCGUCUUUAGAUACCAUAAAUCCGUUGUCAGCACUGGUGAAAGCGUCAAACAUGAGUAUUUCACAACCAAAGAUUUUAUCUGGUUCAUACGAUGGUAUUGUCAGAACUUACAACAUGUCGGGCAAAGUUGAAAAGCAGUACGUGGGUCAUUCAGGUCCAAUCCGUUCUGUUAAAUGGAUUUCCCCAACGAGAAUUGUUUCAUCGGGUAACGAUAGACAAGUGAGAUUAUGGAAAACUUCGAUUGAUAGCAAUAUAGAGGAUGAUGAAGAAAUUGAAGAUGGUAGAACAUUAGCCAUAUUAGAGGGACAUAAAGCACCUGUUGUUUCUUUAGCAGUCGAAUACCAAAACAAUCGUAUUUUAUCAGCGGGUUAUGAUAAAGCCAUUGGAUUUUGGUCCACUAAUUAUAGGGAGAUGACUACCAUCCAACCUUUAGAGUACGAUUCGAAUGUUAUAUCAACAUCCUCGAAAAAGAGAAGAAAGAUGGCAUUACAAGAUUCAACCAUAAGACGUCGUUCACCUCUUUCGUUCUUAGAAGGUCAUUCUCAACCAGUUGAAGAUGUUAUAUUCGAUUUCAAUGAUGCAACUGUAGGUUAUUCCGUAUCCCAAGAUCAUACUAUUAAAACAUGGGAUUUAGUAACCUCUCGUUGCGUGGACACAAGAACUACCGGAUAUUCAUUAUUAUCUUUAUUACAGUUGCCAUCCUUGAACUUAUUAGUUUGUGGUUCAUCAGCUCGUCAUAUCAAUUUGUUUGACCCAAGAGUUAGUUCAACAACUACUGAGCAAACUAACAAUCAGAAAUUAAUAGGUCACACUAAUUUCGUUGUUGGAUUAUCCAAAUGUCCAACUAAUGAUAAUAUGUUUGCCUCUUGUUCUCACGAUGGUACUGUCAAGGUUUGGGAUGUUAGAAGUGAAAAAUCAUUAUAUACUAUAACCAGAGAACAAAACAAUGCAGCCAAAGGUCAAGAUAAAGUAUUCUCUGUCAUUUGGGAUAAUGAUAUCGGCAUUAUUAGCGGUGGUCAAGACAAAAAGAUUCAAAUUAAUAAAGGAUCUGAUAUUACCAAAUAA